UCUGUGUUUUCCGAGGAGCUCUGAAUGUAGCACAAGGUUUGACAGCUAGACGGCCAAACAUGGCGGCUGCUAGCUAGACAACUAGUCAACACCUUCUGCUUUUAUUAUUACUGUCGGCAGUCAGGAUAUAACCAGGCCCGGUGGGGAUUCACAGAAAGACACUGUGAAGGACUGUCGCCCAUUUUUUCGCCUUUCCUGCUUUUUAUCCAGCCGUCGUCCGGUAUGUGAAGGCGGGUUGUGAGCCACAGUAACGAUACACUCCAGACAGGAGUGAGCUGGCACAACAACAGGGAGGACUGAGGGCGGACGCUUUCUGUGUGGUUUCUUCACCUCUGCCGAAAUGUUUCACAGGUAAUCUCCGGCGUCUCCGUGAUCCAGCCCCUCACCCCCCCUGCUGAUGAUGUCAUCACCACCAGCAAAGCCCUCCGACACCUCCCUCUCCGCUGCGUCCCGGCUGCCACCUUCUACGGCCCUGGACUCCCUGUCCGUGUCUUCCUUGCUGUCCGGGGAUUUAGAUGAUGAAGGGGAUGGAGGAAGAGGAGGAGGGGAGGAGGAAGGGCUGGGAGACCUAGAAGUGAACCCAUAUGAUGGUUUGCCCUUUUCUUCGCGCUACUACGCCCUGCUGGAGGAGAGACAGCAGUUUCCCAUAUGGGGGCUCAGGCAGAGUCUACUGGAGCACAUGGAGAGCCACAGCAUGGUGCUGCUCAGUGCACCCAGUGGAGCUGGAAAAAGCACCCAGGUGCCACAGUGGUGUGUGGAGUAUGCUUUGUCCUAUGAGUUUUGUCAGGGCCUGGUGUGCUGUUCCCAGCCCUAUUCAGUGGCAGCGGUGAGUCUGGCCCUUCGUGUGGCUGAUGAGAUGGACCUCAGCCUGGGUCUGGAGGUGGGCUACAGGGUUUCUCAUGAUGACAGCUGUACAGCCGACACCCUGCUCAGGUUUCUCAGCGACACUCUCCUGCUAGAGGAAAUGAUGUCAGACCCCCUGCUGCAUCAGUAUAGCGUUGUGGUGUUGGACGAGCUCCAGGAGCGUACGGUGCCCACCGACGUGCUGCUGGGCCUGCUGUGUGACGUCUGCCGGCAGAGGCCAGACAACUUCCGGGUGGUUCUCCUCACUCACCCAACACUGGCACCUCGCCUCUCCUCCUUCCUGGGAGCAUCAGUCCCUCACCUCUCCCUGGACAGCCUGCUCUCUAACCCACCUACCAAAGACCAGGAAGAGGGGCGCGAGGGAGAGGAGGACAGGAAGGCUGUGGAGAUGAACGGGGUGGAGACGCUGUACCGGGAGCUUUCAUCUGGGAAGGAACCGGUGGCUGCCGCCUGUCACAUGGUGCUGGAUCUGCACAGAAGAGGAGAGGAAGGAGAUGUGAUGGUGUUUUUGGCCAGUGCACAGGAAAUAGAAGACUGUGUGGCCCUGCUGGAGAAGGAGUGUGUAGCUCUGAGUCCUCAGCUUGGUCCUCUCAGGAUCCUCCCCCUCCAUGCUCGACUGGGAGGGCUGACCCAGCGGGUCUACGAAUCCGACCCCGAAGCUUCUACACUGAGGGAGAAGGACAGCUGCGAUGGCGUGGACAGCUCGGUGCUGGGAGCAGGAGGUCCGGGAGUCAAAAGGAGGGUUAUCCUCACCGAUACCCUCGCAGAGGCUUCCUUCUCCCUGCCAGCGAUUCGCUAUGUCAUAGACACAGGCCUUCAACUGAAAACUGUUUACAAUCCACAAAUAAGAGCAAACUCGCAGGUCCUGAGGACAAUCAGCAAACACCAGGCCGACAUGCGAACUCAAAGGGUGAACAGCCACCUUCCAGGGCUGUGUCUCCGUCUUUACCCCCAGUCUCUAUAUGAGGAAGGGAUGGGGGAGGCUCAUUGUCCAGGAGUGGUGGAGGAAAACCUCAGCCACUUGGUGCUGUUGCUCAAGAGACUUGAUAUUGCUGACAUGGGACAGUGCAAGUUCCUGGACAGACCAGCCCCUGAGGCUCUAAUGCAGGCGCUGGAGGAUCUGGACUACCUAGCAGCCCUGGAUGACGACGGUAACCUGUCAGAGGUGGGCAUCAUAAUGUCGGAGCUGCCGCUGGAGCCACCACUGGCUAAAGCCCUGAUCGCUGCCUGCGAGUACGACUGUGUUGAUGAGCUGCUCACUAUAGCUGCCAUGCUCACAGCUCCAUCCUGCUUUGUGACAGCAGAACCCAGCAGAGAGGAGGCUGCUGUGACACACUGGCGACCUCUAAUGCACACAGAGGGAGACCACAUGACUCUCAUUAAUAUUUAUAACGCCUUCAUAGAGCACAAUCAGGAUGAGGCAUGGUGCACGACAACCUUCCUCAGUCACGCUGCCUUACGAUUGGCUGUAGUGAUCAGGGCGGAGCUGCUGGAGGUGAUGCAGCGAAUAGAGCUUCCUGUUUCUCCUCCUGCUUUUGGAUGUCAAGACAACUGCACGAAUAUCAAGCGUGCUCUCAUCUCAGGCUUCUUCCUCAAAGUCUCGCAUGAUGUGGAUGGUUCGGGUAACUACCUCCUGCUAACUCACCGGCAUGUGGCUCACCUGCAUCCCUUCUCUUCCUACCUGUGUCGCCAGCCGUGUCCCAACCCACCCGGCUGGGUCCUCUACCACGAGUUCACCAUCUCCCGCGAUAACUGCAUCCGCAUCGCCUCCGAAGUCCACCCUCAGAUGCUUGUGGAGCUGGCCCCUCAGUACUACCUGGGAAACCUGCCAUCAAGUGACGGCAAAGAUCUGCUGAUGGAGCUGAGGCAGAGCCUGGAGUCUGCGUACGGGCAGGACGGAGUGUCCGACGAGCACAGCAGGACUCACAGAGACGCAGAGUCUGGAGAAACUCACAAUCAGUCCAGCACUGAGCUCUGUGUUGUCCAAUGAGACAAAAGAAGAGACACUAAACUAAAACACCACUGUCACUUUAUUGUUUGAUCUGAGAUUUGGUACUUUGUAUGAAUUAGGCUGUGAAAUCUCACUUGAGGUUUAAUCAUUCUGAUGUGUGAUUUCAAAUGGACAUUUGCUGGAGGAAACUAAUGUACAGUCAUGUGUUGUUAAUAUAUCUUAUAUGCAGUGGCUUUGGAAAAUAUUCGAACCUCUUCAUUUUCUCCUUGUUGUGCUAUGUAUUGAUUUAAUUUUACAUUUCAUUUAGAAUAGUUUUAUUUAAUGAGGGAGUUGUGUGUUUCUGUGUACAGAAUGAAGCAUCCAUUUUUAAAUUGUAGCACAACAAAAACUGGAAAAAGUGAACUGGAUAGAGUACUUUAUCAAAGUGUAAUUUCAGCUAAAAGCAAUACACACUACUUCAGUGAGCAGAGACACUGUUAUUGGAUGACCUUCGACCUCUAUACAGAUGGCUUCUCAGGGCUCUCUGAUCAGAUGCUGUACUGUAGCAGUGAUCUUCUAUUUUCUUCUAUUUCAACUUUUGAUACUGUUUGUCUGAUGUUUGGGUUCCUGCUUCAUCUUCACUCUGCCUUCUUCUCUCCAACUUUGUGUCAAUUAUGACAAAUGUUUGUGUAAAGUGGUUUCUUAUCAUCCUAUUUAAUAGGAUAUGUCUUCAGUACAUUAAAUUUUUGAAGUAUCUCAGCUGAGUGAUAUUUCGUCUUAAAGCUGCCUCAAGUAGCUGUGGCGGCUGUAGCCCUACAGUGUAGCCGCUACUGGCAGCUAAUAGGGCUGAAUAGUUCACAUGUGUACUUGGGGAAAUUAUAUUCUCUGUUUACCAAUACUUUUGUAUCGUUAUGUGUUUAUUUUCUUACUUGACUGUACUCCUCCUAGUGCUCGGAGGAGUAGUACACUUACAAUAGCUGCUACACUAGCUUCACUGCGUUUCUCUGCUUCACUGUCUGUAAAAGUAAAAACUCUAUUAAAGGCAAUAUACAGAUUUA